GGGCAGCAGUGCGGGAGUGUCCGCUCUGCAGCUACUUCCUGACGGCAGCGCGUGCGUUGUGUGUCCGCAGUGCUGCUGGCGGUAAAUGAGCAGAGAUUCCGGGCCGGGUGUUUGUUUGGUGUUUAUUUGAGUUUAUUCUGAAUUAAACCGGUUUAUUUUACUCAUCUCUCCGCUUCAGUUCGGCAGCAGCAUGGUGAAGCUCUCGGCUGAGCUGAUAGAACAGGCGGCUCAGUACACCAACCCCGUCCGGGACCGAGAACUGGACCUGAGAGGUUACAAAAUCCCAGUGCUGGAGAAUCUCGGUGCCACUCUGGACCAGUUUGACACCAUUGACUUCUCUGAUAAUGAGAUCAGAAAGCUUGAUGGGUUUCCACUGCUCAAGAGGCUGAAGACCGUGCUGAUGAACAACAACCGCAUCUGCCGGGUUGGGGAAAACCUAGAGCAGUCUUUACCGAAUUUAAAGGAGCUGGUCCUCACAAGUAAUAACAUUCAGGAACUGGGUGAUCUGGAUCCUCUUGCAUCAGUGAAGACAUUAACUCUACUCAGCCUUUUAAGGAACCCAGUGACCAAUAAGAAGCAUUACAGACUGUAUGUCAUCAACAAACUUCCACAAAUCCGCGUUCUGGAUUUCCAGAAGGUGAAAUUAAAGGAACGCCAGGAGGCUGAGACAAUGUUCAAAGGCAAACGAGGUGCUCAGCUUGCAAAGGAUAUUGCCAAGCGCACGAAAACGUUCACUCCUGGUGCUGGAAUACAGGCUGACCGGAAGAAGACUGGACCUUCUGCGGCGGAUGUGGAAGCUAUUAAGAAUGCCAUCGCAAACGCCACAUCACUGGCUGAGGUGGAGAGGUUAAAGGGAUUGCUCCAGGCUGGUCAGAUCCCCGGCAGAGAAAACAGACAAGGUGCACAGAGCAUGGUGGAAGAGGAGGAAGAGGAGAGUGAAGGGGGGAUGCAGGAGUCGAUGUACGAGGCUGAGCGUGGAGAUGGAAUGGAGGGAGAUGAGGAGCAGGGCGAGAAUCAGGAAGGAGAGAUGGAGAUGGAAGAAGAUAUGCAUGUUAAUGGAUCGUAGUUGAUUUAGUGUGGAUGACUGAUCAGAGUCAGCGGCCCUGUUGAGUUAGUAAAGUCUAGUUUUGAGUCAGGAGGCUGGAGUGUUUAUGUAUGAUGGGUAUUUCUUUUAUUUGGCCAUCUUUUUUGUAAAUUAAGCACAUUAAAGAUUUUUUUUUAUAAAA